UGAGCAUCAUGAUUACUGACGUACAAUUGGCUAUCUUCUCCAAUGUUCUGGGUGUUUUCCUGUUCCUGUUGGUGGUGCUAUAUCACUACAUCAACGCCAAUUCCAACAGCAAAUCUAUUUCCAAAAACAAAUGA